AUGAACGACGAGACACAAUUUACAGAGAGAGCGCUAACAAUUUUGACGUUAGCUCAAAAACUAGCUCAAGACCAUCAGCAUGCACAAUUACAGCCAGUUCAUUUACUGGCCGCAUUUGUGGAGACACCAGAGGAUGGCUCAAUGCCAUAUUUACAAAAUUUGAUAGAGAAGGCCAGGUACGAUUACGAUUCCUUCAGAAGAAUAGUAAACUCGCAUUUGGUUCGCAUUCCACAACAAAAUCCAGCUCCCGCUCAAAUAUCACCAAGUUACGGCACGGCUCAGGUGCUGCAGGAAGCUGCUAAGAUCCAAAAACAACAGAAAGACUCUUUCAUAGCACAAGAUCACAUAUUAUUCGCCUUGUUUACGGAUUCAAGUAUCCAACAAAUAUUCAAGGAAGCAGGAGUCGAAAUUGAAGCAGUAAAGCAACAGGCUCUGGAAUUGAGAGGAAACCAAAAGAUUGACUCUCGUGGCGCUGACACAAGUUCUUCCUUGGAAUACUUAACAAAGUAUGCCGUGGAUAUGACAGAACAAGCCAGAGAGGGUAAACUAGAUCCAGUAAUUGGUAGAGAAGAGGAGAUAAGAGGCACAAUUAGAGUACUGGCUAGAAGGAUAAAGUCGAACCCGUGUCUGAUUGGUGAACCUGGUAUCGGUAAGACGGCUAUCAUCGAAGGUGUUGCGCAAAGAAUCAUCGACGAUGAUGUUCCUACAAUUCUACAGGGUUCUAAGCUUUUCAGUCUUGAUCUUGCAGCCUUAACUGCAGGUGCCAAGUACAAAGGUGACUUCGAAGAGCGUUUGAAGGGUGUAUUGAAAGAAAUCGAAGAAUCGAAGACCCUAAUCGUGCUUUUCAUCGAUGAAAUCCACAUGCUAAUGGGUAACGGUAAGGAUGAUGCUGCCAACAUUUUGAAACCUGCACUAUCCAGAGGACAUUUGAAGGUUAUCGGUGCCACCACCAACAAUGAGUACAGAGCGAUCGUUGAGAAGGAUGGUGCUUUUGAAAGAAGAUUCCAAAAAAUCGAUGUUCAAGAGCCAACUACCAGACAAACCGUUGCCAUUUUGAGAGGUUUGCAACCAAAGUACGAAAUCCAUCAUGGUGUUAGAAUUUUGGACAGUGCCUUGGUAACCGCAGCCCAACUCGCUAAAAGGUAUUUGCCCUACAGAAGAUUACCAGACUCAGCUCUGGAUUUAGUGGAUAUCUCUUGUGCCGGUGUUGCUGUUGCGAGAGAUUCCAAACCGGAAGAGUUGGAUUCUAAAGAACGUCAAUUGCAACUCAUCCAAGUUGAAAUAAAAGCUUUGGAAAGAGAUGAAGAGGCCGACCCAACUACCAAAGAAAGAUUGCAACAGGCAAGACAAAAGGAAGCUUCUUUGAAGGAGGAACUUGAACCUUUGAGACAACGGUAUAACGAGGAAAGACAGGGCCAUGAAGAAUUGACCAAGGCGAAGAAGAAAUUGGAUGAAUUGGAAAACAAGGCCCUGGAUGCUGAGCGUAGGUAUGAUACUGCUACUGCCGCUGAUUUAAGGUACUUUGCUAUCCCAGAUGUGAAGAAACAAAUUGAAGAGUUGGAACAACAAGUUGCAGAAGAGGAGAAGCGUGCCGGAGCAGGAGCAAUGGUUCAAAACGUUGUUGACAGCGACACAAUUGCAGAAACUGCCGCCAGACUAACAGGUAUUCCUGUUAACAAAUUGACGGAAUCGGAGAACGAGAAAUUGAUCCACAUGGAAAAGGUCUUGUCCACCGAAGUGGUAGGCCAAAUGGAAGCCAUCAAAGCUGUUUCAAACGCAGUCAGAUUGUCUAGGUCUGGUUUGGCCAACCCAAGACAGCCUGCUUCAUUCCUGUUCUUAGGGUUGUCCGGUUCGGGUAAGACUGAGUUGGCGAAGAGAAUUGCAGCAUUUUUGUUCAACGACGAAAACGCAAUGAUCAGGGUCGACUGUUCAGAGCUGAGCGAGAAGUACUCUGUUUCCAAACUAUUGGGUACCACCGCUGGUUACGUGGGUUACGAAGAGGGUGGUUUCUUGACAAACCAGUUACAACGCCGCCCAUACUCCGUUUUGUUAUUCGAUGAAGUGGAGAAGGCCCAUCCCGAUGUGUUGACUAUUAUGCUGCAGAUGCUCGAUGACGGUAGGUUGACUUCCGGCCAGGGUAAGGUUAUCAACUGCUCCAACUGUAUCGUGAUCAUGACAUCCAACCUGGGUGCAACCUACAUCAACUCCCAGCCGGGAUCGAAGAUCGAAGAGGCCACCAAGGGCCUAGUUAUGGGUGCGGUGAGACAGCACUUCAGACCCGAAUUCUUGAACAGAAUUUCAAGUAUCGUUGUUUUCAACAAGUUGUCUCACAAAGCCAUCCACAAGAUCGUGGAUAUCCGUUUGAAGGAGAUCGAGGAACGGUUUGAGGAGAACGACAAGCACUACAAACUGAACGUUUCGCCGGAGGCCAAGGACUUCCUUGCCAAGUUCGGCUACUCCGAAGAUAUGGGUGCGCGUCCAUUGAACAGAUUGAUCCAGAAUGAGAUUUUGAAUCGCAUGGCAAUGCGCAUCUUGAAGGGUCAGAUCCACGACAAAGAAACCGUCAACGUAAUUCUCAAGCACAACCCCAACCGCCCCGAGGGCGAGCAGGACGAAUUGGAGGUGCUGGCCAACCAUGACGCCAACAACGACAUGGACGUAGAUAAUGACUGGGAGGACCUCGAAGACGAUAUGAACGACGCGACGCCGCUGGACUAA